AUGCCUCUUUCAGAUACAUCUGCCUUGACCACUCCAAGCGCCUCGGAAAUCGAUACUCCUUCGAGCAUAAUGGCUCUCUCCACAGAGGAAUUCAGUUUACUACUAGCUCUCGGAAAUUGUUACGACGGCAAUCAAAGCGAGGUCGACUUUGACCUUAUGCAAGCAGCGUCUCCUACCGUCGUUCAUGGACCCGCUUCCCCAUGUGUCGAAGGCAUUUUCACUGACGUAAACAACAUUUACGUUGACAUGAACAAUGUCCUCGAUGGUAACCUGAACAGUGAUGUUGCGCCAGACAUUACGAAUUUCGAUGUCUACAUGAACAAUGAUCUUCAAUUCGCCAUGGUCAAUGAGAGUGCUUCCAACAAUAGUAAUUCGAAUCCCACUGCUGCUGCCAACACAUCAUACAACCUCUUGACGAGCUUCCAAGGUCCAUUCACCACCACAGAAGGUAGUUUCAAUACAUUCUCUACUGAUUGUCGAGCUGGCAUCAACAACUAUCCAACCACCUAUAACGAAAACUGUGAUGCGGGAUUUGUCGCAGGCAUUAAAAACUACGAUCGAAGAGGCAGUAAGGACAUUGAUAUCAUUAUCAACGAUGAUGGUAGUAUUUGUAAAGCCAGGUGUAAUGCAAACCAGAAAAACCAUAAUGAUCAUGUGGAGCAGGUAAAUGACAGAAACGAGCAGACAGGAACCCAAGAAACAUUGGUGGUUGAUGCACCAUCGCCAACUCGGACUUCUCGUAAAAGAAAAGCAUCAGAAGAGCUGGAAAUAACGCAAGAUGAGAAAAGAGCGAAAUUUUUGGAAAGAAAUAGGCAGGCUGAGACAGAAUAUAUUCUCAUCGCUUCGGCUGCUGUUAGUGACAACCCCGGAGAAUUCGUAUCACGAACGGAUACGUGGUUAAGCAUGGCAAAGAAGAUAGAACUUCAUGGACUCUUUGCAACUAACAAACCGCGUGGUAUGACAUGCACGCAAGUCCUAGCAUUAAUCAACAAAGCUGCUCGCGCUUAUGCGGCAGCCACAAAAAUAGAAAUGAUGCGUAGAAAAGCAAUCAAAUUAGGACACGGAGGAACACUAGAUCCAAUGGCAUCAGGAGUAUUGGUCGUGGGAGUGAAUAAUGGGACAAAAGAUUUACAAAGGUUUUUUAAAUGUGACAAGGUGUAUGAAGCCACUGCAAUGUUUGGUUUCCAAACUGACACUCUUGAUGCUGACGGACAAGUCACAGAGGUGAAACCUGUGUAUAAUGGGCUACAAGAGAAAUUACAAGCUAUUUUACCAAAAUUUGUCGGGGUCACGAAACAGAUUCCACCCAAAUACUCUGCAUUGCGCAUGGAUGGCACGCGCCUGUACGAAUAUGCGCGUAAGAAUGUUGAACUACCAAGACCAAUUGAACCACGCGAUGUGCGUAUAGAUCGCCUAGAGCUGCUCGACUUUACUACACAUCAUAAUUAUAAACCGCCAAUACAAGAUCACGCAGACGCCAUGUUAGAUACAUCAACUGACGCGUCACAAUAUCCGAUAUUUAAACUUAGAGUCGAGUGUGGUGGAGGGACUUAUAUUCGUUCUUUAAUUAGAGAUAUUGCCAUGGAGCUCGAUACGGCGGCUCAUUUGGUAGAUUUGGUACGAACACGUCAAGCGGAAUUCAUACUUGGAGAGAAUACAACAGAAUUUGAAGAUUUGGCUGAAUUUGAAAAUAUUUGUAAAGCAGUUAAUAAGCGCGUUGACUGA